AUGGGGUGUGUCAACUGUAAGACACAAAAAGGUGGACAACUUUGUAGGCAGCAGGAUCCACCAAUUCUUGCAUCGCAGACUAGCCAGCAGGAGGAGGAUCCAGCAAUUCUUGCAUCACAGACUGGGCAGCAGGAGGAUCCGACUAGGCAGCAGGAGGAUCCAGCAAUUCUUGCAUCACAGACUGGGCAGCAGGAGGAUCCGGCAAUUCUUGCAUCACAGACUGCUUACUCUCACAAUGAUGUUGAAGCAUUAGCAGAGCUUUUUAAGAGCAUCAACAAUUCAACUGUCGCUAAUGGAGAAAUAAGCAAGGAAGAAUUUAAAUCAGCAUUAUUCAACAAUAGUGAAAAGCAACAUAUAAUGGCAGAUCGGAUCUUUGAUCUAUUUGAUGUCAAGAAGAAAGGAAAGAUUUAUUUUGAUGACUUCGUUAGAUCACUUAGUAUCUUCCCCCCAAAUACACCACCAGAAGCCAAGAUAAAUUUUUCAUUUAGGCUCUUUGACUUGAAUGAUAAUGGCUUUAUAGAGCGACAAGAGGUCAAGCACGUGGUUAUUGCAACUGUUGACGAGCUUGAACUUGGUGUGAAUGAUGAGGCAAUAGAAGCACUUCUAGACAAGACAUUCUUGGAUAUGGACCAAAACAAAGAUGGUCAAAUAGACAUUCAUGAGUGGCGAAGCUUUGUUACUCAUAAUCCAAAUUUGAUUAAAUUCAUGACUAUACCCAGCCUACGGGAGAUAACAACCUAUUUCCCAGGUUUUAUUUUGAAUACAACCAUGGAUGAUGAUCAACUAAUUUCCCAAGUUUUACAUGCUCAAUCUGAAUGCUCAACUUCAACCGCGCGCAAUGCUCAACCUGGAGGCUCAACUUCAGCCGCGCCUGAUGCUCAACCUGAAUGCUCAACUUCAGUGGAUCAUGGUCAACCUUAA